CAUCUCUCACCUUCUUAGUUUCCUCUAUUGUAGUUACUGUCGAAUCCAUCUCCUCUGCUGCUGCUGAAGCCAUCUACUCUGCUGUUGCCAAAUCCAUAUGCUCUGUUGCUGCUGCCGAAGACAUAUGCUUUACUGUUAUUGCUGCGGAAGCUUGUUGCCAAAUCCAUCUCCUCUGCUGUUGCUAAAGCCAUCUACUCUGCUGUUGCCGGAUCCAUCUGCUCUGUUGUUGCUGCCGAAGACAUUUGCUCUGCUGUUGCUGUUGUUGGCGAAUCCAUCUGCUUGGUUGCUGUCGGAUCCAUCUACUCUGCUGUUGUUGCCAUUAGAGCGAUCUGCUGCUGUUGUCGAAACCAUCUGCUACUGCUGCCAGAGCCAUCUGAUAUUAAUUAUGCAAAGUGCUACUAAUUUAGCAAAUGUGAAGCAGAGUACACUUUCACGUCCUUCUGGAAAGCUGAUAGUGGAAAGAAAUAAGCAAAGUCCAGUGCAACUAGAAGUGGGAGCUAUGAAGUCAGUGAAUCUGCAGAGUAAGACUAGUAUUGACACAGGGGAUAAAGAGAUGAUGCAAAAGGCAGCAGGGGGAGAAUCUUCUAUAAAUCACUCACCCUCUUUAGUGACUGUGGAUGUAUUGAUGAACGAGAAACCAAGGCCAUUUAGAUUCUGCAAUGCUUGGGCUAAGGAUGAAAACUUCCUUGAUCUGGUUAGGGAAGCUUGGAGUGUGGAUAUUCAAGGAUGCCCUAUGUUUGUUGUAGUGCAGAAAUUGAAAUUGAAUGCUUUAUUUGAUGAGACUUUGGCUGCAAAAGAAAAGGAACUUCAACGUGAAUUAACUAAGCUUGAGAGAGCAAAUCUAUUCGUAAUUGCCCAGCGAGCUAAAGUAACUUGGCUAAAGGAGAUGGACUCUAAUUCUGCUUAUUUUCAUGCCAAAGUGAAUGAGAGGCAACAUAGAAGUGUUAUUAACUCCAUCCUGAACAGUGAAGGAGCAAAAGAAGGUGUUCAAGCAAUUGAUAUGAAUGUUAUCCGCAGGGGUAGAGUGUUAACUACUGAAGAGUUAGAAGAGUUAUGCAGGCCAUUUACUGCUAAGGAAGUGGAGACUGCCCUAUUUUCAAUUCCUUCUAACAAGUCACCAGGGCCUGAUGGAUUCACUUCAGGUGGGAAAAUCCUCAAGCAAAUUAAUGCCACCAAUAUUACUAUUGUUCCGAAGGUGAGUUGCCCAAAUGGUGUCAGUGAUUAUAGGCCAAUAGCUUGUUGUAAUGUCAUCUACAAGGUGAUAUCAAAGCUCUUAACCCAGAGGAUUAAUGAAGUGCUGAGCAUGCUGGGGCAACGAGGGCUUCGACAAGGUGAUCCAAUCUCGCCUUAUCUAUUUGUGCUAGUGAUGGAAUAUCUCACAAGGAAAUUGAAGGAGUUAGAUAUGCAGGAGAAGUUUAAAUAUCAUAGUAAGUGUCGAGUGAUGCAACUUACGCACUUGAUCUUUGUAGAUGACAUUAUGCUUUUUUGUAAGGCUGAUGAGGAGUCCACUGUUUUGAUGAUGCAAAAGUUUGAGGAGUUUGCCCGAGUCUCUGGGUUGGAAGUGAAUAGAAUGAAGAGUCAGGUUUUCUUUAGUGGUGUUAGAGAAGGGCAAAAAGCUGCUUUAAUUCAGAAGCUGGGUUUUGCUGAGGGACAGCUUCUAGUUAGAUAUUUGGGGUUGCCAUUGAUUUCAAAAAAGCUGUCUCCUGGGGCAUGUCAACCUAUUAUCGAUAAAAUUCAUCAGAGAAUUGGCUCUUAGGCAACGAAAUUCCUUUCCUAUGCAAGUAGAGUUCAACUAGUUAACUCUGUUUUAUUCCACAUUCAAGUUUUUUGGAGUGGUGCUUUAUUGAUUCCUAAGAAAGUGUUAAAGCUAAUUGAUGUUGGUUGUAGAAAUUUCAUUUGGUGUGGUAAAUGGAAUUAUAAUGCAAUGUCUCUUGUAGCAUGGGAUGAUGUAUGUGUGCCAAGGAAAGAAGGGGGACUAGGGGUGAAGCAAUUGCUGCAUUGGAAUAAGGCAGCAUUAGGCAA